AUGCUUGAAGUCGGCGAGAUCACAAUACAAGAAGCCCAUGAUGGAUUUAAGGAUGGCAGGUUUACCGCCGAGGAGCUUACCAGCGCGUUCCUUAAACGCAUCGCCAGGUGGGAUAAGAACGGCCCUCGGAUUAAUUCAACCAUGGCUUUGUCUGGUACAGCACUGGAAGAAGCAAAAGCUCUUGACGACUACUUCCAAGAGAAGAGGGAGCUGAAAGGAAAGCUUCACGGGAUUCCGGUUCUAGUUCCAGAUCAAGCGACUACGAAAGGAAUAGCCACUACGUAUGGCUCAGCUGUAGCAGGACACAACGUACCCGACGGGGACGCAUUUGUAGUAACUAAGUUGAAGGAGGCUGGCGCGGUGAUCCUGGGUAAAACUACACUCUCAGAAUGGCCCACACCUGGGUUUAGUGCGAACGGUGCGACUGCUUCUGAGUUCACAAAAAAUCCCUACAAUCUUGAUCACGGUGUGCGAGCAUCAUCCGGUGGUUCUGGUGCGGCUGUGACGGCAAACUUCACCAUAUUGGCUGUGGGAGAAGAUACAGGCGGCUCAAUCAGGGUCGCAUCUUCCUUCUGCAAUAUCGUCGGUCUUCGUCCAACCCCUGGCCUUAUAUCUCGGACGGGUUUCUACUCUUUGAUAGAAACACAAGACACGCCAGGACCCAUGGCGCGGACUGUUACUGAUUGCGCGCUUAUGCUAGACUGCAUGGUUGGUUUCGACCGUAGAGAUGGGUUUAUGGGUUUGGCAGAGAUGGUGAAAGGCCGCCUGCCACAAGGAGGAAGCUAUACUGCUUUUCUUGACCGUGGAGUGUGCAUGAUCAAAACGGCGCGUAUAGGAGUUAUCAGACAGAGGUUUGGCCCAGACUCUGACCCAUAUUGCAGAGCAGUCAACAGAGUGGUCUGGGCUGCAAUUGAUGAACUUCGCAGCGAACGCAACACUUUCAUUGAUGUGCAUAUCGAUGAUCUCGACUAUCACAUGAAUAACCUGCUCACAAAACUGCAAAGAUCACGCCGCGAUACCACCGGUCCCCUAAUCAGCGACCCCCUAAUGACAAAGCCUUAUAUUCCACAUGCUAUCGCGGAUCUUCCGAGCACGCUAUACGAUAUACCAGAUGAUCUCAAGAAACCCAGCGAUGGCCUGAUUUUUAGGGAACAACGAGAAUUAAAGUGCGAAGUAAAUGGGCUCAUCGAAUCGCUCGGUCUUGAUGCGCUCAUUUUGCCCGAUGUCCAAGUGCCUCCUCCGCGGUUCGAAGACGCUACUAACGGCAGGUUCAUGAGGGAUGGGGAAGAAUAUUUCCCAACCAACACGUCCCUUGCCACCAUACUACACAGUCCAGCCAUAUCGGUGCCAGUUGGGUUUACUGAAGAUGGGCUUCCGGUCGGUAUGGAAUUAAUCGGUCGAGAGACUCAGGAUCAAUUUCUGCUCGAAUUGGCUUACGGGAUAGAGAAGAAGAUUGGAAAGAGGAGAGCACCGCCAGCGCCGUUGUGA